CAUAUAAUGGCAUCAACCACUUUACUUUCAGACUUCGUUUGUUUGAGAACGCUGGGGAAUCUCCGAUGCAGACAACUUCCGGUGAAAUCUGGGACGAGAUCGAGGCUGUAAUAACGCCGUAUGGAAAGGACAAACUAGAAGAUGAUUCAGGGGCCGAGUUAUCGAUAAAGAUUCCGUCCCGUUUCACCAACACGCGCCAUUCCGCCGACGCUAGAAGAAGCUUGUUUUCUGGAAAACGACUUGCAGACGAUAAUCUUGAAGUAGAAUCUCCUGCAGCGAAGAAAUCAAAGGAAGGUGGCGACUAUUUGAAUUCCAACAACAUCAUCGAAGCUGUUGAGCGUUUAGAAUCCCGUGAACUUGUCGCAGACGGAAGUCGUUGUUACACAUUACCCACAAUUCCUGGAAAACAUGGCGAUCUCAAAUCAAUCUCUUCGGAAACAAUGGCGGACGUUCUAGAGGGGAAAUACACUGAAAAACUAGGGAACGUAACUGUUGUCGACUGUCGGUAUCCUUACGAAUUUGAGGGUGGUCAUAUCCGCGGGGCGGUGAACCUCUAUACAAAAGACGCUGUAAACACAUUGCUUCAAGGAACACCGACAUCAGAGAAGCCACGUGUACUGAUCUUUCAUUGUGAAUUCUCGUCAGAGAGAGGUCCGAAAAUGUAUCGCUUCUUAAGAAGUCAGGAUCGUGAGUUGAACAAAGACAGGUACCCACUUUUGAACUACCCUGAAAUAUAUUUACUCGACAGUGGGUACAAGGCGUUCUUCUACAAAUUUCAAGAAUUGUGUGAUCCAAUCAGCUACAAGCCCAUGCUACACGAGGACCAUGCAGCCGAUUUACGUCAUUUCCGGGUCAAGUCUAAAUCUUGGACGGCUGGAGAGAAACAGAAGACGAGUAGACGAUCAAGAAGUAGACUUUCCUAUGCAAUAGACUUUUAACUAUUUAGAUAGAUGUGACAAACCCGUGACUAAGUGCUUUCAUUUAUAAUGUGCUAUUGUUAUAUU